AUGGCGGCAUUCGGGCAGUCCGGCAAGCAGGUGGACCUGCUGGACCUCGGAUUCGACUCUGUUGAGAUCGAUGGCCCAAGCGACGGAGCCACCGACAGCCAGGCAGGCGGCUCAACGAAUGAGGGUGGAGGGGGGGCUGGCCAAGGGCAACCCGCGUCCCUGUCGACGAUUUCCUUCAACGCUGCGGACGAAGCGAGGCAGCAAGAGCAACGAUCAUCCGAGACGUCUCACGGCGGGUCCUUCCUGGACAACCUCACGGACCCUAGGGCUAGCGCGAGGGAGUACGACGUAGUCUUCGGCCUGAGCGGGGGGGCUAGCGGCCGGCCAGAUCUCGGCCUCACGAUGCAGGCCGAUUACUACGGGAACCAGGCCAUCGUUAAGGGCUUUUCGCUUGUGGAUGGAAGGGUUGGACCGGCACAGGCGUCUGGGCUUAUCUGCGUGGGGGACGUUCUGGUCGCCGUGGGCGGGGACCGAGUGAAGGGGUUGAGCUUUCCGAGUAUUUUAGGAGUUGUACGGGACGCGUGUAGGGAGCGGGGCCAAAUUCGACUGACUUUCACGGCCGGAACCGGGGAGGAAAACAAGCCAAGGGCAGAAGACAGCGAGAUGCUUGAGGCGCGGUGGUUUAUACACCAGCAGAAGGCUCGCUAUUACAGACCGCCGCCACCGUCGGAAGACAUGGUGUACUGUUCCUUGGAGCGCCAUCGAGGCGAACACGUAACAUCAUUCCACUUGAACAGGGACGACACGGGGGAGUUCCUUCUAGCGUGCUCUGUCGACGCAAACCUCCAAGGGCCGAUGCUUUUCCACACUCUUCAGGACACCCACCUUCGAGAGCUGAAGGACAUCCCCACCAGCUCAGACAGCGCCGUGUACUUGGGGUGCAUGUUUCCGAACUUGCUGGGGACAGAGUUCCGCCAGCUGGACCACAGGGUGGAUCCUCGUGACUCAGCCGCGAUGGAGUACGUGAAGGAGAAGGGGAGGAACGAGCUCUCUGCGGUGGUGUACGAGCCGAACGUCAUGGGCAGGGUACCGAACGCGAUGAAGGUGCUGCUGAGGAGACCCAUCGCCUCGCAAUCCAGUGGCUCCGACGGUUUAACGGCUGACAAUGACGAUGGCGGCGGCGGGGGCGACGGCGAGGGAGGGGGAGGGGAGGGGGAGGGGGGCGGCCAAUGGGGUGUGAGCAUGGAAAGGGGCGUGUGGGACGAGCCAAUCAUUAAGCGCUGGGAGGACGGAAAGAACCGGCACAAGCCAGCGUUUCGACCGUCCUCUCCUCUCAAGACGUUCCGAAAUAUCUUCAAGAACUUCGAGUCAUCGGACGACCCAGAAGAACAGAGGGCCCAGCAGCACUACGCUACUCUCGGAUCGGAGGGGAGCGAUAUCAUCACUUUCGAGACCCUUAGCCCGUCUUGGAACGAGGUUCUGCACGCCUGGACGCUCAACUUCAACGGUCGCGUCAAGAUCCCGUCUAAGAAGAACUUCCUCGUUUCACCAGAAAAGGGCAAUCUUGUGAUGGAGCAAGACUUCGGGGAGGGCAAGGUGCACAUCAGACACGGAAAGAUGAGCAAGAGCCGCUUCUCCGUCGACUUCCGUCACCCCGUCAGCCCGAUAGUCGCGCUGGGGGUCUGCUGCAGCACCUUCGCCAACAAGAUGGUCGUCACUUGAUGAGAGGGCGACGACGGUUGUAUGGAUUGGGGUUCCUACCGCAUAGUGAAAACGGGCUUCCUUGCCCAGAGGCGUCGUGACGCACUAGGGUUUUGUCUUUUGGUGGAUUUGUAUGAUGGUUUAAUUUUCGUAGGCAAUGUGCGAAAGUAUUCUAGCAUCUCGCGGUGGUCUGGUUCGUGGCAUAUCUAUCAUCCGUGCCUCUUCGCUGCUGGUGUGUGUACCCUAGAGCUUGUUGUGAUGCUGCCAAGCAUGCGGUAUGGGCACCAUUCCGCUGUUGCAAUGCUUGCGAGUUUCUCGCUUUUCAGUGUUUCUCAGAAGUAUUAUUCUAGGCAUACUGCUGUACCUCGUGUGUUUCGUUGAGGUGUUUCUCGGUGCUUGUUUUGAGCGGGGCGGGUCUUGCCAUUUGGGCCGCGGCGUAGGACCUGAGUUAGGCUCGAUUUCACCGUCCUUUUGAGUCGGCGGUGUUCGUGGUAC